UAAUCGGGAGGAUACUAGGUUUCACUUUUAUGGUUUUAACCUUCAUAAAAACAAAAAUUUUCGGUUUUGUUUAUUUUAGAAAAACUGAUGAAAAAACCGAUGAAACCAAUCAAAUCAUAUCGUCUUAUCUCCAUGUUGAUGUAGUUGUUGUCGAGGAGAAUUUGUCUGGAGCUGCUGCUGGUGUUUAAAUUAGAGAAUUGAGACGAAAUUACAAAUAUCUCUGGCUAGAAAUACCAAUCUCAGGGUACCAGAAACACCAAUUUCAGGGUACCAGAAACACCAAUCUCAAGGUGGAAUUAUGUUACUUUGAAUGCGUAAAAGGCCUGUUGCCUGGUUAUUAUCACAUGGGUUUUGUUUUAAUGUUUUGAUUUGAUUUCCAAUAUUGUGUUUCGGCACAAUUUCUGAAUCUAGCUAAGUUUUCUUGAUCAAUAUCGUUGUUCAUGUGGUUUCUUAUAGAAUAUGUCGAUCUAAUAUUUGAAGAGGUUAAGAAUGGGUUGUUGUUAAAUCUGUAACUCGAAUGAGAAUUUUACGCCCACAAUUUGUUUGAAGAAAGUGCCGAAUGAGAAUCUCAUGUUAGAUUGUUCCAUUUUAGCUAAGACAAUAUUGGUGAACACGGACCCAAAUGAGUUUCCAGGUUUACUAAUGGUGUUGAAUGGCAAAUCAACAUCUGCUGGAGGGUACCCUUAUGGAGCUAGUGGGUAUCUUGGAGGAUAUCCUAUGGGUGGAUAUGGAGCAGUAGGUUAUGGAGGGACCCCAAUUGUGUCUCCCAAGAGUCCACUAUGGAAUAGCUCUGUGAUGGUUGGCUCUCGAAGGAGUCCAAUGCCUUUUAGAGGUCCUGCAAUGUAUCCUGGUUACUUGAAUGGGGGUUUCGUGGGAAUGCCAGGUGCUUGUCACACUAUGCUUCUCUCCUGUGAAACUGUGAGAUCUUGGUUCUGUUACAAGAGAAGGGGAGAGAAAGAGAGGACAUACAUGAGGUAUCCAAAUUGAGUUCCAAAUUAACAAAUAAAACGGAUAGAAAACUGGAAGAGCAUUUUGAGGCCAACAAAUUACUUCUUUUGUCGAUCCAUGUUGUGUCUUUAAUUUGGAUACAUUUGCAAUGUUUUUUUUUUGUUUUUUCUUC